GAGUCAAAAAGACAUCACAUCUGGUAUCGCCAGUCCUGUCGAGUCCGGCAUCGUGUCCCGGGGGGCCGAGGCACACGGGCCGUCUCUGAGCGUGUAGGUGGCACCUCGAGCUGAUUCUUCGGAAUGGUCAUCGCGUAGGAGCCAUCUUGCAGGAAGAAGGGCCGGCCAGAUGGCAGCAGGUUCUGCAGGUCUCGGCGCACCGGGUGCCCCCGAUAGAAAAGGCUGGGAAGCAGAGGAGCUUGUAUUUGCUGCUGCGGCCUGUUCUCUUUAUGCUAUUAAAAGAAAGAAGUACAACUCAACUAAAUAAAGAAACCUCUCUUCCCUCUUUCCUGUGACCAGAUGAAACAGUCAGAUUGCUUGCAGAAAGAACAAAGGCAGAGGAAAGAAUCUACGUCUUCCAAAGGCUAAAGGACAGAGUAUUGAAAUGGCCUGGAAAGUGUUCAGCGUUAACAGCAUCAAGUCAAAUGUUCACCUGGGGUGCAACUGGGAAGAAACAAAAGAAAAAUCAACGUGCAGUCAAAGAGCCGCUUCAUUUUUCUAGAAAGUGACCCUUCACAGAGUUCCAAGGGAGCCUUCUCCCUUAGCAACAGCCCUGAAGUUCCAGAAACCAUUCUAAACCCUGAUGGUCAGCUUCAGCGUCUGUCUGGUCAUCAGACUUAUUGCCGAGUCUUCAUCCCAGGGAGAUGCAUGUGGCGGUCGUGGCAGCAGACGUGAUUUUGCUCUUAAGCAUGGGGUGGACCUCAGACUCUCUCUGCUCACCCACUGUGUUUUACAGAGACUGCUGGAUCCGACGCUUCCCAGGUCUCCUAGUUGACCUGGAGGAGUCUCAGAAGCUGGGGGCCCAGUUCUUGAAGUAUUAUUCCGAAAGCACUGGUCAGAAGUGCAGUCAGAGCUGCUGUCUUAGGAAGGAUGCUUUUCACUGGACGUGGCUUUGCAGCAUGGGGCUAGCACACACCUGCAGUCGGGGUCAAGUUUCCUGUAACUUGGCUGUCUUCUUCCACGAUCCUAUUCAUGACGAUGUCAACUGCCUCCAUAUUCACUGCCCAACCCUGGAGAGCUGCAUAUUGGAGCCCGGAACCAGCGCCAUUUUAUACAACAUAACAGACGGUGUAGAUCCAGAUUUGCUGGUUUUUGAACAAUCACUGCCCACAUAUCUAAAUACCCGUUCUUCAUCUAACAUACGGGAGAGACUAAGGAUUCUAAAAGCUAUGUAUUUAGAUAAACAACAAAUGACCAUGAUAAACCAAAUGCUACCAUCAGUAGAGGCUCCAUCAUCAAUCACAUAUCAAGAUUUGUUUGCAACCACAAAUAAUACUAGGUAUUCCAAGGAAUUAACCACAGACUCUUGGGCAAGAUUCAUUUCUCUGAAUGACUCCAUCACCACAAACGUAAAUAUGGUGUCAGCCAGUACUGAGUUCAUCAACAAUCCAGAUAACAAGACUAUUUCUCCUUUCUUUGUGCCUAUAAACACAAAACUUUCUCAUAUGCCUAUUCCAUCUCAACUCAACAGUAGCAAACAAUUACUGAACAAAACCAAAGGGUACAACGGCAGAAACCGUACAUCUGAGAAUGAAGACACAUCACCUGAUGGGGCACCUGUGACUUCCAAGACGUGGUUGGUUCCUGUGGCCCUCUGCACCUCUGUCAUCUUUCUCUGCUGUUGUGUAGUCAUCCUGGCAUCUGGAUGCUGUCGAAAGCACCAGGGCCAGUAUAAACUAGGACAGAGAAAGUCAGGAUCCAAGCAAAUUUAAAAAUGUACCAUUCUGAAGGAGCGCUCUUAAUGGUAAAAGAUGUGAGCAUUGUAAGCUUUUAAGAGAAUCAUUUUUAGUUUUCUGUAAGACGAGGGCAGUUUGGUUAAAAACAAAUAAAUAAAAAGCACAGAUACCCAUUCUUACCAAUCUCUAAAGAAUGCCAAUGUUUGAUAAACAUAAUUGCUUUUUUGAUUAUUUCCAUUUUUUGAAUAGUGUACCUUUUGCUGAAGUUCCAAAAUUCUGAUCUCUGCAGUUAUUCAGCACCAUGUAAGCGAUAGUUUUAAGUGCUGUACAUGUAUUAGCUUGUUGAUUCCUUGAACUCUGUGAGAUAAGUAUGCUACUGUUAACUAUUAUACUGUUCUUAUCACAUUUUACAGAUGAGGAAACUGAGGAAAGAGAGGCUAAGUAUCUUGCCUAAAGUCACACAGCUAGUAUGUAGCAAAGCCUGACUUAAUAAGCAACAUGGUUCAAAAGUCCAUGCUCAAAAUCACUGUUGGACUACAAGCCUCCAUUUUCUCAAUGAGUAUGGAAAAAAGAUACAGGGAGGAAAACACCAUAACAUCAUAUUUGGUUCCUGUCAAGGUCAUAUUAUUGUCACAUAUUUUAAUGAAAUCUUUUAGUGGCUUGAGCAAAAAAGCACUAUGAACGAUUACAGUUACUAACCCAUGAGCAAAAGCUUCCUGAUUUUUAUAUAAUUUUUUAUGUUCAAUUGAUUAAUCUUUCUCAAUCUUAACCCAUCAUCAUCUUUUUCUAAAACUGACAUGACUCUCAAUAAUUAUGGCACUAAGAUCUUUGAGUUUUCUGUUGAAUAAAUCUUGGGAGUUUUAGUUUAUGUCCCUCAGUUGUAUAAAUUGUUUUCCCAGGUGCAAAUAUUAGCUCUAGGUAUUUCAAGCUCUGUCCACUUACACCAGAUUCACCCCCUAAAUCUUAUACUCUGACUCUUAAGUGUAGAAAACUGUAAUUCAAGUCUCUAAUGAUCUUAAACUUUAGGCCCUUAAUCUCAUCUCUGAAAAUAUUUUUUAAUGUGAGAACAGACAUUAAAAGACAGCCAUUAAGCAUAAUGAAUAAAGAGGAAAUCCUAUUAUAAGAUUAAUAAAAUAGUACUCUUCCCUCAGAAUAUUAACCACAAAUAAAA